AUGGCAGCUGUAGCCAGCACCACACCCUCGCAAUUCACAUUCGCUCCCACGACGGCCGAGUCCGCAGCGUUCGACCGACCCGAUGAGCUAACGAGCGCCGAGCUCGCCGCGCUGCGGGCGCCCACGGUGCCGGCUGGGGUGGAUUCGACGACGUUUCAUUUGGCGUAUGGUGCUCGGGGGAUUCCCAAACUUAUCGAGGGCCUCUCGUCCUCCACGCCCCUCUUCCGCAAACAACAAUCGCUCUGCUUCCUCUCCGACCUCUUCCACCGCCCCGAAAACGUCUCCCAAGGGCUCGAAGAAGGCAUCGUCGGCAUCCUCGCGCGGCUGCUGCGUGUCGAUGUGACGGUGAGGCAGAAGGCGAGCGAGUGUUUGAAGAUUAUUUCUGGACAUGCCGUGGGGCGGGCGGGCAUCGUGCAAGCGAAUGUAUUGGAAAUCCUAUCCCGUCGGGUAAGCUAUUUCUUUUCGAAGCAAACGGAGAGGUUUACAGACUCCGACGACCUCGUCCGGCGCAACAUCCACCAGACCCUCAGCCAACUCACGCUCGACCAACCCGGUGCGGCCGCCGUCCUCUCCACAUCCGGCCUGCUCCCCGCGCUCAUCGGCGCCCUCCCCUUCGAGCGGGCGCUGGACGUGCAGGUCCCCAUCCUGUCGGCAUGCUACAACUGCAUCCGGCGGGGCGCGCCGCCGCAUGUGCCGGACGUACCGAUCGAGUGUGGGGCUAUGAAUGUCUUUACGAAGAUGUUGAAGGUUGGGUGUUCGAGUGACGUGCUGGUGGGGGUUGCGAAAUGUAUUAUGGCUUUGAGCGAAUACCACCAAGGGAAACGACUGGCGGUUGAGAACAACACCAUUGAGGUGCUCAUCCCGCUGCUUCGUCAUCGGAGGUCGGAGGUCCGUGCCGCUGUCGCAGCAGCCCUCAUGAGCAUCACAAUAGACGUAGAAGCCAAACGCCUCGUCGUCCGCUCCGGCGACGCCCUCCCGAUCCUCAUGUCCCUCCUCCGGGAUCGCAGUGAUACAUUGUUGGUCAAUGUUGUCAAGACGCUGACGAAUUGUGCGGAGGAUUACAGAGGACGAUUUCAGUUGCAUCAGUGCUUGAAACAGUUACAAACCCUGUACGAUUCCCCCAACCCACAACUAGCGCAAGCUGCUCGCCGUGCAGUUGAAGUGAUCACUUGGCGCCCAUAA